GCGCCUCGACUUCACCCCAAAGAGAGCGACCGGGAUUACACUCAGUUCGCUUAGCGAGCGAGGCGAAGCAAGAGAGGAGGAGAAACAAUGGUGGUUCGGAUCCGGUUAGCGAGAUUCGGGUGCAAGAACCGGCCCUUCUACCGGGUCAUGGCCGCCGACAGCAGAUCUCCCCGCGACGGCAAGCACCUCGAAGUUUUGGGUUACUACAAUCCCUUGCCCGGUCAAGAUGGUGGAAAACGGAUGGGUCUUAAAUUUGACAGAGUGAAGUAUUGGCUUUCGGUUGGCGCUCAACCUUCGGAUCCCGUCCAACACAUUCUUUUCAGAGCUGGUUUACUCCCUCCCCCACCCAUGGUGGCGAUGGGACGCAAGGGUGGACCACGUGACACGCGUCCUGUUGAUCCACUGACUGGACGUGUCAUAAAUCCUGAGAAACAAGCUGCUUCCGUCAAAGCAGAUGAAUCCACACCUGAAGAUAUAAAUGCUUAAGACGACCAGUGAUGCUCAGUUGCUGCAAUCUCAGUUACCUUUCACUUUUCUGGAGUUUCCUGAAAAUUUUUUGAUGUACUGCUUAAGUUAGGAUCUGAGAGUUUGUUUUCUGACUUAAGGAUAGUUUUUGUGUACAGAGGAACUGUACCUGCUCCAGAAUGCUAGCAAAAUUACGUGCAGGAAAUAAAACUUGUUCGGUGUAUACUACACUGCAUUUCAUUCGAGCGGUCGAUUGAUCCAUCGAAUGUUCUUGGUGCUGAAACCAUUGCUUUCUUUUGUGAGGUGAAA